AUGAGUAAAGAAUUAAGCGCUGCCAACAUGGAAAAAGGUCCACGCAUUGGCAUCCGUCACAUUCAGACUCUGUUGCUUUUUCUUAACAUAGUUGUUGUGUACAUGAGUCGCCUGAAUAUAUCUGUCGCUGUAGUGGCGAUGACAAAUGCCGAAAGUACAAAUCCCAAUUUUCCGGAAUUUGAUUGGACCACAAAACAAAAGUCCUACAUCAUAUCCAGUUUCUACUGGGGUUAUAUAAUUACACAAUUUCCUAGUGGCUAUUUAUGUCGACGUUUUGGCACAACUCCUGUGAUGCUCAUCUGCACUUUCGUAUCGGCGGUGUUCAGUUUACUUACACCAUUUCUGGUGCAGUGGGGAGACUGGCAGGUAUACUGCGCCAUUCGUAUAAUACAGGGUCUCUUUCAGGGUACACUUUUCCCAGCUGUUCAUGAGCACAUCGCCAAAUGGUCGCCGCCAUCGGAACGUAACACGAUGGGUGCGCUUACAUACUCAGGCAUGGAUUGUGGCACUGUGUUGGCUAUGCUUGCAAGUGGUUUGAUAGCCAGUAGUCCUCUAGGCUGGCCGGGUAUUUCAUAUAUCUCAGGUGGUAUUUGUUUUGUUUGGUGCGCGCUGUGGUUUAUACUGGCUGCUAAUAAUCCACCAUCGUCUCGUUUUAUAACCGAUGAAGAGUGUGAGUACAUUGAGAAUGAACAAUAA